UUUGGGGCAAUUUAGAGUCUCCAAUAAAUGCACGCUUUGGGAAGUGGGAGGACACCGGAGAGCCUGGAGAAAAUCCACGCAGACACCUGGAUAACAGACAAACUCCACACAGGCGGGACCGGGAUUUGGACCCUGCUCCUCAGAACUGUCAGGCCAGCACUUUACAGUUGCCCCACCGUGCUGCCCCUCUUAGAUAUAGUUUCAUUUUUCCUCCUUUUAUUUUCAUUUUGGAGGACUUAAUUGUUCAGUAUUUUACUCAAUAUUACCAUUAUCCACAGUACGUGUUUCUUAUUUUAAAUAACUAGCUGUAUUACUUUUAAGAGGGAAGUAAAUGUGGCCUACCAGCGUGAGGAUCAAAUGUUUUUUUCCCCUUUCAAGAAUUACUGUUUUGGAUCUUAGAUUUUUAUCUUAGACUUUUUUUCUUCUCUCAGUCAAUCUGUUUACAUGGAAGCUGAUCCGCACCUGCUUCAAAUUUGUAAUGGGGAGUGUUAACAUACUGUACAAUGGCCAAAACCUUUUGUUGAAGAGAUGGCACACUGGGAGGAGCAGGGAGAGAUGACAGAGUACAGGAAGAGUAUGAUCAAAAGGGAAAUGGAAAUGGGCACGGUCAUGACGGUCUUUAGGCAAAAGACAGAGAGGCUGACUGUUCAAGUCAUUAUGGAAACGCAUCAGGUGGCCUGGACACGCACCGCAGAGAAGACUGAUGGUGUCUGCACAAAAGGCGAACUUGGAUUGGUUGGUGAAUGUGGACACACUUCGACAAGCUUGCCUCCCUCAGAAAGUACCAAAACUGCGAAGAGCUUUUGUUCAAAGACAAGUUGCAGAGUGGAUCUAUUUGAGAUCCGAGAGGUUCGCCCUGGGAGAAAUUCCAAAGACUUUGAGCGGUUCAAAGAUGGGAAGGAUAAACAUGACAACAAUACUUGUUUUACCAUCUUUUAUGGCUCACAGUUUGUUCUCAACACCUUGAGUCUAGGAGCUGAUUCCGUGGACGAGGCGUAUAAAUGGCAGAUUGGACUUGAAAUGUUAAUUCAAGAAACACUGACCGCUCCUACUCCAGUUCUUAUUGAGAGCUGGCUCAGAAAGAAGAUGUAUUCAGUCAACCAGACAAAGACAAACAGCAUAUCCAUGAAGGAGCUGAAGACUCUUCUUCCUUUGCUCAACUACAAGCCCCCCAGUGGUCGUUCUCUGAAAGACAAAUUCAUGGAGGUGGGAGCAAAACAUGAUCGUUUGGACUUUGAGCAGUUUCAUAAAUUGUACAACCUGAUAAUGUUUGAACAAAAUGAGAUCCUUGAAGAAUUCAAAAAGGAUUGCUCAUUUAUUUUGGGUAAUACAGAUAAACCUGAUGCUUCAGUAGUUUUGCUCCAUGACUUCCAACGAUUUCUUAUCUACCAGCAGAAGGAGUCUUGGGCUAGUGAUCUCAAUGAGGUCAGAGAGUUGAUGACUACUUUCAUUGAUGACACCAUGAGAAAAACCAACGACCCUGAGUUCACAGUCAGUGAGUUCCUCAGCUUCCUGUUUUCCAAGGAGAACUGUCUUUGGGAUGAUAAAUUGUCAGACAUUAACAACCAAGACAUGAACAACCCUUUGUCCCAUUACUGGAUCAAUUCAUCACACAACACCUACCUGACAGGUGACCAGCUUCGUAGUGAAUCUUCAACAGAGGCUUAUGUGCGCUGUCUGCGCCUGGGAUGUCGCUGUGUUGAAUUAGAUUGCUGGGAAGGACCUGGAGAACCAAUAAUCUAUCAUGGUUGGACCAGGACAACUAAAAUCAAGUUUGAAGAUGUGGUUAAAGCCAUCAAUCAGCAUGCUUUCGUUACCUCGCAGUUCCCGGUUAUCCUGUCUAUAGAAGAGCAUUGCCCAUUAGAGCAGCAACGCCAAAUGGCCCGUAUCUUCAGAGACGUUUUUGGAGACAAACUGCUUCUUGAGCCAGUGGAACACAUGGCUGAGCAGCUACCAUCACCGACACACCUGAAGGGCAAAAUCAUCCUUAAACACAAGAAACUCAGUGUUGAUGGGGGAGACACCACCAAAGACUUCAAGAUGUGGCAGAAACAGGGUGACUUGGAGAUAUGGGACCCCGUUAACCAGCGGUGGAACAAGCACUACUGUGUGAUCUCUGAUGUCAAGUUGUACUAUGCAGAAGAGGAGGAAAAGGAAGACCCCAGAAAGGAUUUGCAUUGUUCUGAAACAUGGUUUCAUGGUGGCAUAAGAGAGGGUAGACUGAUGGCGGAGCGACUGAUUCAUGACUACUGUACCGAGACAAGAGGAAGAGAUGGCACUUUUUUGGUCCGACAGAGUUAUACUGUUCCUACAGAUAUCACCCUCUCCUUCUGGCGCAGCGGGAGAGUCCAGCACUGCCGUAUUCGUUCUUUUUCAGAGGGACAAAACACAUACUACUACCUUACAGCAAACCUACAAUUUCCCAGUGUGUAUGCCCUGAUACAGCACUAUAGAGAGAACCCGCUACGCUGUCAAGACUUUGAGUUGCGGCUCACUGAUGGUGUACCGCAUCCUAACCCACAUCUACAGCAAGGGUGGUUCUACCCAAAUUUGAGCAGAGGAGAGGCUGAAGAUUAUUUGCUGAGAAUUCCCAGAGAUGGAGCAUUCCUCAUCCGGCAGAGAGAGGGAGAACCAGACUCUUUUGCUAUCACGUUCAGAGGUGACAGUAAGGUAAAACACUGUCGGAUCCAGAAGGAAGGCAAUGUUUACCUGCUUGGUACAACCACUGAGUUUGAGAGCCUAGUGGAGAUGGUAAACUACUUUAAGAAGAAGCCACUAUACCGCAAGACCAAGCUCCGAUACCCAGUGACGCCUGACCUCGUGGAUCGCUUCAGCACAGAUAAAGACACCGCCUCGCUGUAUGAAAUGAAGACAUAUGUGGAACCCAAUGAAAUUGAGUCCUCACUGCCAAAGAAUACUGUUAGAGCUCUGUAUAGCUACCAGGCUACAAGGCCCGAUGAACUCACCUUCAGUAAAGGUGCUUUGAUACAUAACGUUUCCAAGGAUAAUGAUGGAUGGUGGAAAGGAGACCAUGGUGGAAAUGUUCAGCUCUUUUUCCCAUCAAAUUAUGUUGAAGAAGUGUCCAACAACGCCAAACUUGAUUUUGGAAAACAGGAUAUAGAAGACAAUCCCUUGGGUGAACUGUGUAAGGGUGUGGUGGAUAUCUCUAAGUGCAAUAUACAGAACUUAAAAAACGGUAAAAAUGGAAAGCUGCAUGUUCUGACACUGCAGAACAUGGAGCAGAAUGGUCUGCAUUUUGAUUUGGCCGCGGACUCCUUGGAGGAGCUCUUUGAAUGGUACAAGGUGGCUUGGGGCAUCACGCAGAGAGAGAUGAGCAAGCAAUUCAGUCGGGAACAAGAGAUCAGGCACCAGGAAGAAGUGGAGAAGAAGGCAGAGGUUGCUAUGGAGAUGUCAGACCUGGUAGUCUACUGUCAGCCGCGCAGCAAGGACAAGGACCGAUUCGACUACUACAACUGUAAAGAGGUCCGUUCUUUUGUAGAGAAUAAGGCACCAGGAAAAGGCCUUUCUAUGGAUUUCUUGCAGUACAAUCAUAAGGCUCUGAGUCGGAUUUACCCAAAAGGCCAGCGUGUGGAAUCUUCCAACUAUGAUCCCUACCCUCUAUGGGCAGUUGGCUGUCACAUGGUGGCUCUUAACUUCCAGACGGCAGUGUCGACUAUGUGCUGGUCAUUGAUCAAGAAUUUAAAUCUUUGGCUGUCCGGUGACCAUCAAGGGCAAGCUAAUCUAAUAACUACACUGUAAAUCUCUGGCCCCACUGCUAUUUGGCUCUAGUGCUUCCAGUUUAAUGCUCAGAGGUUCCAUUCAGGGAUGAGAAUUUUCUGCGGAUUCACGGAAUUCCGAGUAUUUUCAGCUGAAAAUGACAUUUUUGUGAAAUGUGUAAAUCUGUUGAGAAAAUUUGUGUGGGGGGGGGGGUUACAGGUUGACACGGGGCGAGGCUGUAAUCAAGAUCGGCUGCCAGCAUCUAUCGGCAACACUCGUGAAAUUAGUCACAGCUGUGAUAGCGGAAAACGGCAUUGCUAUCUGUUUACGGGAUUGCUAUCUGUUUGCAUUAAAUUUGGUGUUUAUAAUAACGACAACAUUCUGAUUUCCGGCAGCAUUUUGGUGGUAUUUCGUUGGUAUUUUCAUUCUGAUGUUAACAUUUCAUAGAGAAGCAUUCUGUUUAUUACGGCAUAGUUAUAAUUUAUAGUACGUACACAUAUGUUAUCGAGCGGUCUUCACGUUUGCCAGUAUGACCAAAGUCUUAGAGCAAAAAAAUGAAGAUCGUGCCAGGGAAAUUGAGAAAAACCACAGGGUAAAAAACACUUUCAGAUGGGCAUGGCUUGGAAAAAAAAGUGUAACCGUGCAGACAGGAACGAAAUCUGUAUCAGCAUGUCUAACCGAACAAAUACAAAAAGUGGAUGUUCCCGGCAUAUCCAAACAAGGAAACAAAGAUAAGUUGGACAUAAAUUUCUCAAAUAUUAUAUAAUUGACAACUGUUAAUACGAUUAGGCCUAUCUGUAGCACUAGCCCUGUAGCUAACGCAUUUUAUCGCUCACUUAAACUCGACAUUGGCCAAUAUGUUUUUUCUGAUUCAUUGGCACUUUAGUACGUAGUGAUCCGGCUUUUUAUUUUUUGGGGCGGGGGGGUGGUUUCGGAUAUCCGCAAUGCACUAAAUCCAUGAUAGGUGAUCCACGAAGUGGAGAGGGAUUACUGUAUUUAUGCUAUUAUGCUGCAAACAAAUGGAAUAAGUUACCAAUAGAGGUGACGUCAGCCCCAAGUGUGAAUGUUAUUAAAUCCAGGUUGAAAACUUUUUUUUCUUGUGCUUUUCGAUUGUAAUAUUUCUUGCAUUGUAUGCUUUUUUGAAUUGUACUUUUGUUUUUCUCUUUUUAAGAUGUAUAUUUUGUUUUCGUUUUUUGGUUUUACACAUUUGAAAUGUUUUAUCUCUUUGAAACCCUUUUAAUAAUGUAAACCAAAUGUCAGGGGCAUGGCCAGGUCACUGCCCUGAGCGAUGCCACCUCUGACAGUUGUCACACAGCUGAGUUACAUUUUGGACACUAAUUGACCAAGCAUUUAAAUAGUGAAUGUGUCAUUGACAUUUGCCAAUUCGUUGCGUAUGCUUUAUGGCAUACUGGGAUACUCCGCUACAGUGCGUAAGUUUGCAAGUUUAGUAUAGAGCAUUCCUUUGUCACAGCGAGCCUGUGCCUCUUUAGUUUGACCACGUCUUGUCCAUAUUUCCAAGUUUGCCUUGUCGUCAUCUGACCUUGUGUACGUUUUUGGAUCUUGCCUGUUGCCUAGCGUCUUUGUGGUUUCACCUGUUUUGGACUGCCUUUUCGUGUUCGACCUCCUUCUGGAAUAAAAGCACUCAUAAUAUCAUGACCUCGCCUCAGAGUCCUGCAUUUGGGUCCACCCCAUGUCGCUUGCCAUGACACCACAUUGAGUUACCUUGUGUAUGUAAUAUGCUAUAUAAGCAAAUUUGCUCUGCUUUGCUAAUAUCGCUGUCGUUUUUGUCCCUGUGCUAUCUUUAUCUGAAUACAGUAUUAUUGAUCACUUCUCUCAGUCUAAUCGUUAUAUCCACCUUCCCAAAUUACAUUAAGCUCUUAAAAAUCGCACACCUUCUUGUUAACUAUGUAUUAAAACGUCAUGGAAUCCCUCAAGUUAUUAUUUUAGAUCUUGACCCACAAUUAUCUUUCCAAGUCUGGAGAGAGGUUUGUAAGGCGCUGCAAUCGGAGAUCAUCGCCGCAGAUUCUUGGGGCUUGAAAAGACCAUCAGAGCAGCUCUCAAAUGCUCUGCAGGAAGGAAAAAGCAACUGCCCACCUGUCAGGUUUAUCACUUAACUGCUGGAAUAAAAAACAAAGGCAAAAAGGAAGCGUCUUUCUUAUGAGGAGUACGGGAUUGGCUGACCAGCUACAAUCUCCAACCCUGCUCUGAGUCAGCCUAUCCGUUCUGUCUCCCUUUUAUUGCUUCUCCCAGGUCACUAGGGAAAAUGGGGGAACAGAUUGCAACGCAAGCAUAUUCUUGCAAAAACAACAUUCCUU